AUGAAUAGUUCAAGGAAAUAUAAUUAUAGGUGGUUAUACCUCUUUGCCAAUUUAUGCGUAACGUUCUUUUGUGGUUCUACUUUUGUCUCCAAAUAUGAUGCGAAUGUAGUGAAGACUUUUUGUGAGGAGCAAUCGUGUCAAAGGGAGCACGUGUUCGGGAGGAUUCUUGCACAAGCAGGGGUACAGGGCGUACUAAGUGCAAGGAAUGAAUUAAUGAAUUUUAGAAGAAGAUCCAUUUAUUCCAACAUGGAUAGACUUAUGGAUUGUUUAUUUAGGGGAUUUUUAGAUACGUUAAUGUGGUAUACUGAAGAAUUUUACAAAUCAGAUGGAAGUGUAGGUGCUAACAAUAAUGCAAUGAUUGAAAAAAUUAUUAGAACACAAAUGUACGCAGAAGGAGUUACUCUUUCAAAUAGAACGGUAACUAAUGAAGUGAUUAGAACAAAGGAGCGCCACGACGAAAUUGCAGCACAGGGAACUACCUCCGAGGUAGUGAAACGUAUGAUGAAGAUGUACGAACUUGAAAAUAACUUAUCCAAGGAAACGAUGAAAAAAGUUACUGCUCCUAAUAGAACAGAAAGCAUACAUGACAUCUUGAAUACAGAAAAGAUAAAACUUAAAAUUAAGAAGAAGUUGGUAACAUUUCCGUACACUUACAAUGAUGCUAUUAUUGAUUCUGUGUCGUCCAGAAUUAUUGGACGCGUUACGGACAUAUCUAAGGACGAAAAUAUUAUGUAG